AUGUAUACUCAGUAUCGGGAAAUAUUGUUGCCCAAAAUACUGUCGAUACUGGGGGAAUACUUAGACGAAACGGGCGAUGAUAAUGGAGUGAAAAGUAUUAGUCUGGCAGUAGCUAAUGGUCUAAUCAUUAGCAGUACGAUGCUAUUGCACGACACACACAAAUACCGCUGGUUAAACUCCAAAGAAGACGGCGGCUCCUUUGUCCACGAUGUAGAAGACGAAUGGAGUUGUAUUACUGAGACUGAUGUGAAAAGAGAAGCCGAUACCAGGACCUUAUUGUUGGCGGUACACAAUGUCGUGCCCCGUUCACCUUGGCCACCUCCCACUGCCUUCGGAACUACGUCGCAUCUCUUUCUUGAUCGUUUAGCUUUUCUUAUGUAA